AGGCAUCCAUUUUUGUAAGACAACAUGAAGGCUCUCAUUCUUUUAUGUUCUGUGGCGGCGCUUUUACAGCAAGCCUACGCACACUUCCCGCUACCACCGCCAGUAGCACAUGCACCACUGCCUGCCUAUGCCGCGCCCGUACCAGCUCUUCCUGUUGCUCCUCUACCCGCAUAUGCUGCGCCAUUACCAGCAAUAGAAUAUCUUCCCGCUACGUUACCUGCAGUAAUUGAACCUGUGCCUGCAUAUGGAGCUCCAUUGCCCGCCCUCCCAGCUCCACCUCCUUAUGUUCUGCCACCUGGCCACCCACUGUAUCCCCCUCCAACUCCAAUAAUUGAAAUUUUGCCCGCACCAAUAGCAGCCCCCUUACCCGGUUGUGCUCUUCCUGCGCCAGUCCCGCUACCAGCGCUUCCUGCUCCGUUGCCCGCUUUGCCUGCACCUUUGCCUGUAAUGCCAGCCCCAUUGCCGAUAAUGCCCGCCCCAUUGCCUGUAAUGCCCGCCCCUUUGCCUGUAAUGCCCGCCCCAUUGCCUGUAAAGCCCGCCCCAUUGCCUGUAAUGCCCGCUCCAUUGCCUGUAAUGCCCGCCCCAUUACCUGUAAUGCCCGCUCCAUUGCCUGUAAUGCCCGCUCCAUUGCCUGUUAUGCCCGCCCCAUUGCCUGUAAUGCCCGCUCCGUUGCCCGUGCUUCCUGCCCCACUGCCCGCUCCGGUGCCCGUUGUCCCUGCUCCAUUGCCCGUUCUACCUGCCCCAUUGCCCACUCCGGUACCCGUACUUCCUGCCCCAUUGCCCGCACUUCCGGCCCCUUUGCCUGCUUGUGUCCCACUUCCUUCUACAGUGAUAGAAAUAUUGCCCGCCCCAUUGCCUGCUCAUGGUCCAGCUGUACCUGCAGCAGUAGAAAUUCUACCUCUUCCAUCACUGGCUCCCUCACCCGUUUACCCUUAUGCCUCCGCACCAGCAUUACCCAUGGCACCUGUUACACCUACAGCAGUGUACUACGCUUAGAUAAUUAAUGAUUUAUAAUAAAUAAUACAUAUUAUUUUUUAUUUUUUCUAUUAAAUAUUACAUAGUUUACUAAAAGCAUAGACGAUUGGUAUGAAUCAAUAUACCACAAGUGUAAAGUGAUAGAAAUAUCAUUCUUUUUGUCAGCCAAAAAAAGAUGAGGAUAUGGGAAGAGGUGUGUAUACCUAAAAAAUACUACUGUUUCAAAUAACUUUUAUAAAGAUGCAAUCUCUUGCAGACUUAGACAAAUGGUUAAGAUUUUAUACAAUCUCAAUAAAAUAUUUUUGUUAAUUAAAUUUAU